GCAGUGAAGAGUAUCUGUAGGGGGCGAGGCUGGUCCAUGUGGGUUUGUGUCAUUGGUUUGCAAAGAGAGACCCCGCCUAUUGCCCAAAAAGAAAAAAAAAGGGAGAGAGAGAGAGAGAGACCCUACCUCUCCUAGCACAACGGAGGAGGAAGAAACGGAGCCGGGAGGGGGAGGAUUCACCCUCCCCUUUUCUUUUUCUUUUUUGCUGGAGGAGCCCCAGCCAAAGACUUCUUUUUAAAAAAAACACAAAGCCGGGAAAAGAAUCCAAGUUGCCAUUCGAUUCUCCCCCUCCCCCCUCACUUGGAGUAGCGGCCGGAGCUGGGCGAAGGAGGAGAGGAUUAAGUUUUUUUGUGGGGGGCGGCGUGUGCGUGCGUGUCUCGUUUUAAGGUGGAUCUCUGGCACCAGGAGCCCCGGCGCGGGGAAUAAUAAUAAUCAAAAGAGCGAGCGAGCGAGCGCGAGCGGGGAGCCAGCGGAGGCGAUCGAUCAAGGGGGGGAAGAUGCAGCGCUGAGAGCCCAGGCGGCGGCUUUCGCCCAAGUAGGGGGGCGGGCUGCUCCCGGUGGACCUUCGGAGCCCGACGACGAGGAUUCAAAGUGACGUUAUGCACUCGGACUACUGUGAAUUUCCAUAAGUUCUUGGGGGAUUGCUUUAUCCUUUGAUUCCAAAAGUUGUAAAACACAGUAGCGCAAUGGCACUUGUGGACAAACACAAAGUCAAACGGCAGCGAUUGGACAGAAUUUGUGAAGGUAUUCGCCCUCAAAUAAUGAAUGGCCCUAUGCAUCCUCGUCCAUUGGUGGCUUUACUAGAUGGAAGGGAUUGUACAGUGGAGAUGCCAAUUUUGAAGGACUUGGCUACUGUUGCAUUCUGUGAUGCGCAAUCAACUCAGGAAAUCCACGAAAAGGUUUUAAAUGAAGCCAUUGGAGCAAUGAUGUACCACACUAUCACUCUCACCCGGGAAGACCUAGAGAAGUUCAAGGCCUUACGAGUCAUUGUUCGAAUAGGCAGCGGUUAUGACAACAUAGACAUCAAAGCUGCAGGGGAACUUGGAAUUGCUGUUUGCAACAUCCCCUCGGCUGCAGUAGAAGAGACGGCAGACUCCACGAUGUGCCAUGUCCUGAAUCUCUACAGACGGAACACUUGGCUCUACCAGGCACUGAGGGAAGGAACCAGAGUGCAGAGCGUGGAGCAGAUUCGGGAGGUGGCUUCUGGAGCAGCUCGUAUUAGAGGCGAAACCCUCGGCCUAAUUGGAUUUGGUCGCACUGCGCAAGCAGUUGCAGUUCGAGCCAAGGCGUUUGGCUUCAAUGUGAUCUUUUAUGACCCAUACCUGCAGGAUGGCAUAGAAAGGUCCCUGGGAGUCCAGCGGGUCUACACACUCCAGGAUCUGCUGUACCAGAGCGACUGUGUGUCGUUACACUGUAACCUCAAUGAACAUAAUCACCACCUUAUCAAUGACUUUACGAUUAAGCAGAUGAGGCAGGGAGCAUUUUUGGUAAACACAGCCCGUGGUGGUCUGGUGGAUGAAAAGGCCUUAACUCAAGCCCUGAAGGAAGGAAGGAUACGAGGGGCAGCACUGGAUGUGCAUGAAUCAGAACCAUUUAGCUUUGCUCAAGGACCACUAAAAGAUGCUCCUAAUUUAAUUUGCACACCACACACUGCUUGGUACAGCGAACAGGCCUCACUGGAGAUGAGAGAAGCCGCCGCGACAGAGAUACGCCGAGCUAUCACAGGUCGGAUCCCUGAAAGCCUACGAAACUGCGUGAACAAGGAAUUCUUUGUCACAACAGCUCCUUGGUCAGUAAUAGAUCAGCAAGCGAUUCAUCCGGAGCUCAAUGGUGCCACAUACAGAUAUCCACCAGGCAUGGUGAGCGUUACACCAGGCGGGAUUCCGGCAGCUAUGGAAGGUAUUAUCCCAGGAGGGAUCCCUGUUACCCACAAUCUUCCGACAGUGGCACAUCCUUCCCAAGCUCCAUCUCCUAAUCAGCCGUCCAAACAUGGGGACAACAGGGAACAUCCCAAUGAGCAAUAGCAGAUAAUUCAAAGCACUCCGAUUUGGGACCAAGAGACAUUGGGGGGGGGGGGAUGACACAUGAACUGACGGGAAUUUGAUACAAAAUUUGUAAGGUUGAUUUUGGACUGACGCAUCAUGUUGUUCCAGUGUUAACUACAAAAAAAAUGGAGUCAAGACUUGGGGAGGGAGGGGGAAUGCAGACGAAGUCACCUGCUUACUGAAGCACUGAAAACUAGGAUGCGAUGAUACAUUACUGAUCAGCUUCUGUUAUUGUAUGUUUAAGUUUCCUUCAUCUUUACAUCAAUCACAAGAAUAUAUAUUUCUUCUCAGUCCCUUUUGGGGAAUAGCAGGUGACCUGCUGCUUAGAGCAGGUCCAACAGUCCUAACAAAGCUUACAUGAUAGUAAGAGGAAACCAUCAUGUGACUUCAGCCCUUUCCUUCCUCACUUACCUGGCUCCUCCUUGUAUAGCCUGAGGAAAUAUAACCCAGAGAUGGGGGAACUGUUUUGCUUGUUGCAGUUAUAUAUGGCCACUAAUGUAUUGGAGGGAUGCUACUCAAGUUUAACUACCGUCAUGUAGGACAGCAAUCUUGGUGGGAAGAGGGGGUAAAAGGCCCAUGUUAACUAGCUGCCUCUUACCCACAGAAAUGGAUGCUUAUUCUACAAGAUACACUUAAUAAAGUAGCUGUACACUCAAUAACACGUGCUGAUGAUGCAAAAAAGAAAAAGAAAAAGUGUUACGUUUCACAUUUAUACUCAAAUAUAUUUUUCUCAGUUUUAAAUCCACAGCUAUUUUAUUGAGUGGAAACGUCUUGGGCUGGAAGGGGUUCAAGACUAAUGUUGCAUUUCCUUAUGUCUCAGGAAAAAGAAACACUUUUUAUGGUAACUUGUCAGACUGUAUGAACAAACCCACUUUUUUAGACAUGGAAGUCUUCUUUUCUUCAUGUGAUAUUUUAUACAAGAACACUUCAAAAUGUGUUAUUAGAUGUGACUGAUUUUAACAAAUCCUAUUAGAUUUGUAUCAACUAGUUACAUGUUAUAUUCAUAGUCUUUUGUGAAUCAUCGCCUUUUUGUUGAAAAAGAUGGCCUAUUUUGAGCCUUUGUAUGGGUACAUUCCUGUUUCUGUGAUAAGUUUUAAAAGCUGUCCCAAACAAAACAAAAAAACCAGAACCAAUGGCUACCAGAAGUAUGUUUUGUUUUAGUGUGUUACCGUUACUGUAUUUGUUUAUUGUAAAGGUGGACAUAUAGCGUUCAGUGCAGUUUUCAAUAAAAAGUGACAAUUUCUAUAAUUUCA